UGCGCGGCGCUUGACAUCAAGACUGAGGGGCCUUCUCGUUGUCUGCUGCUUAAGGCAGUUCUAUGAGGGUCUGUUUGCAGGUUGUGGUGAGAAGGUCUUGCGGAGAAGUGGAGCAAUGUCUCUGUGUUCUUCUCCCAGAGGUAUGGGACGAAUGUCACUGAUGGAGGCAUCUGUGUGCCUGGCUGGCAGCAUCUAUACACAU